CCAGCCCCUAGAAGAGAGAAUAGCUACAGAUUCUCCAUCCUCGGUCUUUGCAAGGGGACGGCUGUGCCAGCCAGGCUCGGGCAGGCUCCUGGCAGCAUGGCAGUGAAGCUCAGGGCCCUCCUGCUGGUCCUCGCGCUCAGCCUGGCACAGCCAGCCUCAGCCCACCGGAAGCUCCUGGUGUUUCUGCUGGAUGGUUUUCGCUCGGACUACAUCAGUGAUGAGGCCCUGGAGUCCUUGCCUGGUUUCAAAGAGAUUGUGAGCAGGGGAGUAAAAGUGGAUUACUUGACCCCAGACUUUCCCAGUCUCUCUUAUCCCAAUUACUACACCCUAAUGACUGGUCGCCAUUGUGAGGUCCAUCAGAUGAUCGGGAACUACAUGUGGGACCCCAUUACCAACAAGUCAUUUGACAUUGGUGUCAACAGAGACAGCCUGAUGCCUCUCUGGUGGAAUGGAUCAGAACCUCUGUGGAUCACUCUGACCAAAGCCAAAAGGAAGGUCUACAUGUACUACUGGCCAGGCUGUGAGGUUGAGAUUCUUGGUGUCAGACCUACUUACUGCCUAGAAUAUAAAAACGUGCCAACGGAUAUCAAUUUUGCCAAUGCAGUCAGCGAUGCCCUUGACUCCUUCAAGAGUGGCCGGGCUGACCUGGCAGCCAUAUACCACGAGCGCCUGGAUGUGGAAGGCCACCACUACGGCCCCUCAUCACCUCAAAGAAAAGAUGCCCUCAAGGCAGUGGACACCGUCCUGAAGUACAUGACCAAGUGGAUCCAGGAGCGGGAGCUGCAGGACGACCUCAAUGUCAUUAUCUUCUCAGAUCACGGGAUGACAGACAUUUUCUGGAUGGACAAAGUGAUUGAGCUGAAUAACUACAUCAGCCUGAAUGACCUGCAGCAAGCGAAAGACCGAGGGCCUGUUGUGAGCCUCUGGCCAGCCCCUGGGAAACACUCCGAGAUAUAUAACAAAUUGAAGACAGUGGAACACAUGACUGUCUACGAGAAAGAAGCCAUACCGAGCAGGUUCUACUACAAGAAAGGGAAAUUUGUCUCUCCUUUGACCUUAGUGGCCGAUGAAGGAUGGUUCAUAACUGAGAAUCGAGAGAUGCUUCCAUUUUGGAUGAACAGCACUGGCAAGAGGGAAGGCUGGCAGCAUGGAUGGCAUGGAUAUGACAAUGAACUCAUGGACAUGAGGGGCGUCUUCCUGGCCUUUGGACCUGAUUUCAAAUCCAACUUCAGAGCUGCUCCAAUCAGAUCCGUGGACGUCUACAAUGUCAUGUGCAAUGUGACAGGCAUCACGCCCCUGCCCAACAACGGGUCCUGGUCCAGGGUGAUGUGCAUGCUGAGGGGCCAGGCCGGCUCGGCUCCGUCCGUCCUGCCGAGCGGCUGUGCGCUGGCCUUGGUCCUCCUCUUGCUGUUUGCAUAGCUGCUCCUGCUGUUGUCCCAGAACAUCGGGGAUGUGUGCCGCCGUGGCGGAAUGGUUUUCAUUUGCGAUAUGAAUAAUAGCUUCAUUAACACAAUCAAGGCCAUAAAAAUUGUAAAUAUGUUAUCUUGGAUGAUUCUAUACAUAAAAGUCCUAUUUCUUAAAAAAAAA